AUUUGAUAUGGGAAUUCUACAGAAAGAUAUUUGGUCAACGGACUGAACCGACAAGUUUUAGUGUGUGUCGUAGAACAACAAUGUGUUAUUGCUCUUGUUUAUCACGUCAAUUACUUUUGUUCCCCUACUUUAUUUACCCUGAACUGAUGCAGUACUUCAAUGGCAUGGCAAACACUUGAAUCUCUGAAUACUAAAUAUGAGGAAACAAUAGUAAACGGAUCAUUCUCAUUUUCAUCUUCGCACCAUAUCAUCAAGCCGUUUCGCUAUAGAAUCAUCUCUGAAAUCCAAAUAUAACACUGAUAAAACUGUAGUAUCGGGUGCAAAUUUAGCAUUUCAUUGUAGUGAAAUUCGAAAUGAUAACAACUUUGUGUUAUCUGAGAUGUAGAGAUAAUUAAAUUUGAACAUUUUGGUAAUCUUCAGGUGUAAAUAGACAAGAUAUUUGUUGCGUUUCUCUCAAUAAUAUGCAAGAUCAAGAUCGUUCAUCAUUACUAAGUGAAAACAGUCCAGCCAAUUAUGGCACAUUACAACGACCCUCAGCUGGCAGCACAAAAACAAUUAUCUAUUGCGUACACGGCAAUCCAAGCUCUGGAUGCUGUAAAGUAUUACAAAGUGAGGUACUGGACCUAGAUACUAAUGUAUCUGUAGAUACGAUAAGCUCAAAUGCAAAAGAAAACUUUCAUACAACAGAAUUACUUAUGAAACAUUGUCAUCAAAAUCAAGAAUCAGGAAUAGACAAAAAGGCAAGAAAUAGACUUUUAAUAGCCAGCGUAUUAUGUUUAGUAUUUAUGUUAGCAGAAAUAGUAGGUGGAUAUUUAUCGAAUAGUUUAGCCAUAGCGUCAGAUGCCGCCCAUCUAUUAACAGAUUUUGCCAGUUUUAUGAUAUCUUUGUUUUCAUUAUGGAUCGCAAGCAGACCUUCGACAAAAAAAAUGCACUUUGGUUGGUACAGAGCGGAGGUGAUAGGAGCCCUAACGUCGGUACUCAUGAUAUGGGUUGUAACCGCAAUUUUGCUGUAUAUUGCUUUUCUGAGACUGAUGAACAAUGAUUUCGACAUUGAUACGAAAAUUAUGUUGAUUACAUCAGGUCUUGGAGUGGUAGUUAAUCUUAUUAUGGGUUUGAGUCUACAUGAUCACGGACAUGGCCACAGUCAUUCCGACAAUCAUAGUCACAAGGUCAGUGCAGACAAUGGAAAAAAGCAAAAUAUAAAUGUCCGUGCAGCCCUUAUUCAUGUCAUUGGAGAUUUUUUACAAAGUUUAGGAGUAUUCAUAGCAGCUUUAGUGAUAUUCUUUAAGGAAGACUGGAAAAUAGUGGAUCCCAUUUGUACUUUCUUAUUUUCUGUACUGGUGGUUAUUACAACCUUCAAUAUUAUAAAAGAUGUUAUGCUUGUCCUUAUGGAAGGUGCACCCAGAGGAAUCGAUUUCAAAGAAGUCAUAAGUACGUUGAUGGAUACCCCUGGUGUGAAAAGAGUCCACAAUGUCAGAAUAUGGGCUUUGAGUUUGGAUAAGAUUGCCAUGUCUGCACAUAUAGCCAUAAAUCAAGGCACUGACCCCCAAACAAUAUUGGUAACGACUACGAAAAAUGUUCAGGAUAGAUAUAAUUUCUUCGAGAUGACAUUACAGAUUGAAGAAUUUCAGGAUAUCAUGGAAAAUUGUUGCCAAUGUAAAAACCCUGUAUAAGAUUUUGGAACAUACUAAUUUGAUUUGAAUUUUCUUAUGAUACCUUCAUCCAUUAUAUUCUUCUUUUGCUGAACGCUGUUAUUGACUGAUUAUAAAGUGUAGUUAUAAGAAACACAACUGCUCCAUUGAUUCAUAUGUGGAGAAUUUUUUAUGAGAGGAGCAAUGAUUCACGGAAAUUUUUUAUGUAUAAAUAUAUUUCCAGAAAUAUAAAAUAUAUAUUUUUGUGUA